AUGGCCACCGCCCUCUCGCACGCGUCGGUCGACGACCUGCGGUCGCUGAGCCGACAGCCUCCAUCAGACCCCGAUAUUCAGGCCACGCUCUCUGAUUUCCUCACAUAUACGGAGCACUUUCCAUCGCACCUCGCCCGCGCUUUGAACUUGGUCCAGGAGCAGAGGAACAAAGCCGAGAAGAACAUCGGAGCGGUCCACGGCGACACCACUGCCUACAGCAUCCUUCCAAGCAUCAAACAUGGCAGGCCCGAUCCGGUCCAGCUUCGAAAGGACAUCAGUCUGGCGCUAGAGGAGGCAGAGGGGGCCUGUCGCAUGUCAGUUGAAGAGGCAUUGCGAUUGGACCACGAAUGCCAACGCGAAGCCCAGCGCUUGGAUGUAGUGAACGAGAAGCUGAAGGCACAGCCAAAGCCUCCUUCGCGUGAUCCCACGCCGGAACAACAGGCGCUGACUUCACCUAAUCUCAAGCGUGAACGACGCAUGAGCUCGAGGGUAGACGACGGAAAGUCAGAAAAGCAGUCACGUCGAAUGCAGGACAAGGCGGCGAGCAAGCUACGAGGCAGGAAGGUCAUGGUACCCGGGGAAGUCUUACCCCCACCAGAUCCGAAUGCGCUCCUUGAGACGAUGUCAGAUUGGACCUCGCCUCGACCGUCUCCGUCAUUGCUAGAUGACCCGAUGGACCAGGACAUUAAGAAGACCACGCCACCUCGGGCGCCUCGCGCGCCAGGUCAGCCAGGCACGAAUGCUCACUCUGCAGUCGCUGGGAUUAGCACUUCAAACGCACUGCUGGCGCUGACGGAACCUCCAGCAGACGCAGCGAAAGGUAGCAAAUGGCUGCCAUGGAUUAAAUUGACGGAGUGGGAGAUGGCCAAGUUGAGGAAGCGCAUGAAGAAGAAUGCCAUCUGGGUACCGUCUCAGACCAUGGUGAGACGAGAACUCAAAAACCUUGGUCGCGGUCUUGUCGGCAAGGAGGCGGCGAGACAGCAAGCGGAAGCAAAUGGGACGAGUCUCAUAGAUGAGCACAACGAGGUCGACCCAACCAAGGUCAUGAUCAGUGGCGAAGAGACUGAUCAGAUCAAUGCCAUGCUUGGGCCACAAGUUUAUGCGGACGACGAUGAUGCCGAUGCAGAACUCAUCAAUCGUGGCAUGCGGCUCAACGAAGCGAAGAAGCUCAAGAAACAGCGCCUUCUAGAAGAACAAGCUUUGCAAGCACAGUUAGCGCGUGAGCAAGGCGUAGAAUAUCAUCCUGAGGGCAGCAAAUCCCUGCUGGGAUCUCCGGAGAACCAGAAAAAACGCAAAAGGGAGGCCACACCAGCAGUAGGCUCGUCAAAAAUUGCAAACCCGAAAUCACCUGAAGUCAAAGCGAAUCCAGUCAAACGACUGAAGCUCACUGGGCCUAGCAGUGCCCCUACGACUUCCAAGAUUCCUCUAGCUCCGGCUGGUGUUCCACCCUCCUCUAAGCCUGCCACAUCUAGCCGCAGCCGGCAAGCAGCUACGCCUCCAGCAACCAGGAGACCAACCAUCACCAUCAAAGUGGGAAAAGCGGUUUCAGAGGAGCCACCUAAUAGACGGCAAAGUCUACGCAGGAAUAGUAACGUCAGCUUGCCGAGCAAUAGCGUACCAUCUGCCAGCACUCCGACUUCGCCUAAGAGCACAGGGACGAGCAAAGAUGCCAUAACUAAAAGUGGCCGUAGGAGCAAACGUCCUCCACCUGGCGUCAUCACUAACAACGACAAUGACAGUGCGAAGGCGACCAUUUCGCAACGAAAGACAGCCCCGAAUAGAAAGCGAGGUCAAACGACGAAGACGGACUCGGCUGUGCCGCCAGAUCAGCCUGGCCUUGGUGCAGUAGAGGCACCGGAGGAGUAUAUCGAUCCGGAUGAGCCGCGCUACUGUAUCUGUGGCGAUGUAAGUUGGGGCACUAUGAUUGCGUGCGACAACGAGGCAGAUUGCGAGAAGGAAUGGUUUCACCUAGACUGCGUGCAGCUUACGGACCUUCCACCUCGACGGACUAAGUGGUAUUGUCCAGACUGCAGGAAGAAACUCAAGGUCGGACAGACGACAAAUGGCUUGGUGAAGUAGCGGCUGCUACAAAUGGCUUGGUGAAGUAGCGGCUGCUACAGAUAGCACUUCGUGCAUCUUGAUACAUGUAGGAUUUGAGCGAGGGAAAUCGUUGUACUCAAUUGUCAGAGUGCCGCAUAGACAUCUUGGACCGGCCAUAGAACGAGGAGAGCAUACAACGUUGUAGGGGGUAUAAUAGCAGCAGUAUGAGCAGGCCCCGCCCGCCGCCAUUUUCGG